AGAUCCCAUCCAGGUUUGCUCAGGUUGACUACCGAGCUUUGAAGAAGAUUCUUAAGCGAUGCCUCUCCUCGCGAGCUCACAGCGACGCCAUUCCAGCAUGCGCGCCCAGCCCGCCAGAGGACGCUUCCAAAAACGCCCUCAACUCCGUCAACCCCGUCGACGUUAUUAACUCCGUCAACUUUGACGCUGUCAAGCCGGCGGCCGGUUGUCCUCAGUGCGACGACGAGUUCUUCAAGCUUCUGGAGGAAGAGCUGCGAAGCAUCGAGCGAAGCUUCACUCGCGAGGCGGCUCGCGUCAUCAGCUGCCAUAACGCGCACGGGCUGUCGGCGAUACUUUCGCGCUUCUCCGAUUACAGCAAGCCCGAGGUCAUGUACUGUGCAGCAUCGAGCCUGCUGGAGCACCUCGCCCUCAGCUACCUCGCUACAAGGAAAAUCGUUAAGAAGUACGUGAAGGUGCACAGUAGUUCUGUGAAAACGGGGGUCAGUAACGGGGAUGUGUCGGACAUGGCUGAGAGCCACGGAGCCGGCGGAAACGGCGGAAACGCGGAGCAACUGGAAGGAAUUCGGCUGCUGCAGCAGCGCAUUUUACGGUCGCCUCUCAUGCUGGAGCUGACCGCGUUGCUGUCGAACCUGAGCUAUGCGCUCGAGCAGAAGCAGCUGAAGCUGCAGCUGAAGCAGCAGCAGCAGCAGCAGCAGCAGCAGCAGCAGCAGCAGCAGCAGCAGCAGCAGCAGCAGCAGCAGCAGCAGCAGCAGCAGCAGCAGCAGCAGCAGCAGCAGCAGCAGCAGCAGCAGCAGCAGCAGCAGCAGCAGCAGCAGCAGCAGCAGCAGCAACAGCAGCGGCAUCAGGGCUGCGGUCAUGGUGAAGCAGGUUCCGGCUGCUCGCCAGCACCGCUCACCAGGGGGGAGAGGCGCGAGCAGCGGCAGCGCCAGCAGCUGUUCGGGUGCAACCACCAUCACAUGCACCGCUACUGCCACGACCCCCGCUGCCCGGGGUUUGACCCCCAGCGCAGCAAGGAACACUGCGACCGCAAGUGGCGCUACCAGCACCUGCGCUGGCUUCACAUUCUCGCGCCCAUGCAGAGCACCUGGACGGGCGGCGGCGGGGGCGCGGCAGGUGUUUUUUCAGGUAGGCUGCCGUGGAGCCCGGGGAAGGGGCUUGCUGAUGGCCGUUCAGGCGAUUCUCCAGGUGGUUUCUCAGGUGGGGGGAGUGGGAGUCCUGCUGCGGUGAGGGAGGUGGAGGAGCGUGUGUGGAGCGAUGAGGAGGACGGUGACGAGGAGGAGCAGGUGGAGGUAGUGCCUCUAACGGAAUGUGGGUGUAGCUUGGACCUUUUUGAGGGUUCUGCUGGUUCAUUGGCAAGGGACCAAGUGACCGAACCACAGCUUAUGGCUGAAAGCGGUGGCAGUGGUGCUGUUGCUGGUGGUGGGGGCGGCAGCGGUGGAAUGGGGGUAUUUGGAAGCGGAAACAGCAUCGGCAGUGGCAGUCAAGGUCAAAGCAGCUCGGAAGGGGCGCUGAGCGCGGGGGUGGGUCUGGGCGACAGGGGCUUGGUAAACGAGUGCAGCGAUGGUGGUGGUGGUGCUGCUGCUGAUACCAUGUGGAGCUGUUUCAGCAGCAGUGAGAGUCUGCUUGGGGGUCAGAGUGUUGGGAGUGAGAACCCAAUGGCUGUCACCUCAGGUGGAACUCCAGAGCAUUUGCCAGGGCAGGAGCCGCAGCAGGAGGGGGAGGAGGAGGAGGAGAACCAGCAGCAGUCAGAGCAGGCAGAGCAGUCAGAGCAGGCACACCAGCAGCAUGAGCAGCAGCAUGGGGGGUCGGAGCAGGUGCUGGAGCUACAGCUGAGGCCCGAGUUCCACGCCCACGUGGAGUUCAAGUGCCCCGUCUGCCUUGUGAGUGCUGCUUCCCUGCUUCGGUAUCCUCAUUCUCGUGCAGCAUAA